AUGAAUAAAACCGCAUACGUUUACGUUAAUGAACGAUCCAUUUCACCUUCGCUGAUCUGUCCGAUAUGUUUGGAUAUUCUUCAAGAACCUCACACGCAUAUUCAAUGUGACAGUGCAUUUUGUCGUUCUUGCUUCUUAAAAUUAUCCGAACCGUACUGUCCAAUAUGUCGCUGGACUUGGAAUGAUUCCGUACCUUUGCAAUAUAAUCUACAUUUACCGAAAGCGAAUCGUCUAAUACGGAACAUGUUGGAUGAUUUGUUAGUACGCUGUACUCGUUGUCAUACAGUUCGUCGUCGAGGGCAAUUCGAACAUGAAUGUGAAUUAUAUUCCGCAUCGUUGAUGAACAGAAUCGGAAACGUACGACGAGUUACUCAAGAGCAAUUGAGAAAUCUUCGUAUGAUCUGCUCAUCAUUACUUCUAUUUCUCUGUCUGAUCCUCAUUUAUUAUUAUCGAAAUUCUAUUUUCGAACAAGCCAUCGAUCGUCAUGACGUUUUCAAGAAUUCAAAUGGCUACAAUAUCGAUAGGAUUCUGUUUGAGAAAAUUUAUUAUUUAAUAAUAAAAACCAUUGAAUAUCCAAUAACAAUGUUGAUCGUCAAUAUUUGCCUGUGGUUUAAUGUAAGCUGGUUUGGUGAUCGUCUUACAUCGAAAACAAAUAGUGGCCUUUUGAAGAACUUCUUCGAAGUUUUGAUCAUUGUUAAUCUGAUUAUUUAUACAAUUUAUCAUUAG